ACAAUAUUACACCGAUAGAAUGGAUCAAUAUAUAUAUAUAUAUAUAUAUAUAUAUAUAUAUAUAUAUAUCCAAAUAUGAUCAAAUUAAAUCAAUAAUGAAAGGUUACUAAUUCGAUUUGUUUGAACAUCUAAGUGUAACAUAACAAUCUAAUAUUGAUAGAAUAUGGGAACUAAUGUGAAAUUAAUGGAAAUCUGACUUAUGUAUAAAUAGUUUAUAAGUAGUAUAGUUUGAUAUUAAUUACUUUAUUAUUAUUAUUAAUAAUACUAUUAAUGGAUGAACUUCAACGCCUUUAUGAACAUCAAACAAUGAUGGCCAUCAGAAUAUAUUCAUUUUUAGAUAAUAUAUUAACUCAUUUACCAUCAUCACGUACUAAUAACAAUAAUGAUAAUGAUAUUGAUACAGUUCAUUCGUUGAAUAAUACACAUAAUUCUAUGAAUACUAAUGAUUAUGUAAGUAGUAUAUUAUCUAGACAAGUGAACAUGGAUCAUCAUCUUCAUCAGCGGCAUCAACAAUAUCCAUAUACUACUACUACCAAUGUGAUGGAUGAGUUAAAUACUUCUGUUGGAGAUAUAUUUCCUAGAACAUAUGAAAAUACACAAACAUUAUCAUCAUUAUCCUCUUCAUCAUCAAUAACAUCAGUUUCAUCAACAUGGUUAUUAAAUGAUAUGAAUUUGACAACAAUAUCUAAUCCACAAAUUUAUUCAUCUACCUUAUAUGAUACGAUUAAUAAUCAUACAAUAAAUAAUAUUAGUAAUAAUAAUGAUAAUGAUUAUAAUAAUUCAAUAUCAAAAGAGAUUCAACCUGGAGGUUAUUGUGAAGAAAUAUUCAUUUAUUUAUCGAAUAGUGAAAGACAAGAAUAUUUGUGUACGAUAUGUUACAUGAUACUUAAAGAAGCUUAUCAGUGUCAAAACCAGCAUAAAUUUUGUUAUGGUUGUAUAUAUACUUGGUCUACUGGACCAACAACUGGUCAUGAUAGUUGUCCAGUAUGCAGAUGUGAUGGUUUGUAUGCAAAGAAUUAUGAUUUAAACGAAAGAAUCAAUAAAAAACGUAUUCGAUGUCCAACAGAUGGUUGUAAUUGGAUGGGUUCAUUAAGUGCAUAUCAACAACAUGAACAUCGACGUUAUAGUCCAUAUGAAUUAGAUUUAUUAUUAAUAGAUUGUAAAAAAGAUCAAAUGAAAUCAUUUUCAUCAUCAUUACUUCCAAUAACAACACAAAAUCAAAUGGUACAUAAUAAAGAAAUACCUAUAAAAUUCAAUGAUAUACCACAGAGAAAUGAAUUACUACAAAUCAAUAAUAAUAAUAAUAAUAAUAAUAAUAAUAAUAAUAAUAAUAAUAAUAAUAGCUCACUACUUCACAAUAAUCAAAUAAAUUUGAAUCUUGGACAAGUACCUACUGUAUGUGAACCAAUCAGUCAAUCAACUGAUCAAUUAUCUGAGACUUCAACUCAAAGGUUGUUAACAACAACAACAACGGCAACACAAAGACAAAUACGGCCAUUAAGAAAUGGGAAUAGGCAAAGACAGAGUAGAAUUCAAAAUAGAUCCAUUUUAAGUACAAGUGAGAGUGUAAAUCAAUCGGAAAAUAAUAAUAAUAAUAUUAACAUGGAAGAAACAAGAAUAAAUAAUUCACAUGGAACUACUAAUCAUACACGUACGCAGGGAUUACAAAGUGAACAACAUCAACAAAGAAUUUUAAACACACCAGUUCAUUCAAGACGAACAAGAUCACAUGUAGCAUCAAAUACACAUAUAAAUCAAACAACGAAUAAUAUUGGACAUAGACAACGAAUUAAUGUAAGGGAUUCUAGAAUACGUGUUGAAAGAUUACCUAAUUUAAGAAGACAACGACAGAUAAGAAAUGAACAAAUACAACAAUCAUUAACUCAUGCAUCCACUCAAGAAUACGAUAAUGAAUUUAAUUCGACUGAAAUAAAUAGCUUACUAAAUGUGAAUUCCAAUGAUAUUCACAGUCAAUGUUUAGAAGAGGAAUUUAUGGGAGAUCAUACCGAGUUAAAUGUAACGGAUCAACAUUCAGAUAAUCAAAUUAAUCUUCCAGCCAUCAGAUUUAAUGAAACAUUCACUUGUAAUUUAAAUACACAGCCGUUACAUAAUAAUAGUAAUGAUGAUAAUAAUAAUAACACUCAGACACUUUUAAUAAAUAAUUCAGUACAACGAACAAAUCGACCACUUGAGUUUCGACGUCUAGUUCCUCAAAGACAAAGAAGAGUAGUUCAACAAUUAAGAGAAACACGUGAACAAUUAGCUGCAAUGCUUCGUCUUAUGACUAUGGAAUUAGAAGAAAGACAAAAUCGUGUUUUAAUUCCAAAUCUAGAUAUUGGUACAAGAACUCGACCGUUAAGAAAUCCAAAUAAUUUAUUUUGUGAAAAUACGGAAGAUAGUAUGUCUACACCAUAUGUGAAUAAUACAGUAAAUCGUGAGUUAACGGAAUAUAACAAUCUGCAUACUUCAAACACUCCAAGAAAUGUUCACAGAACAAAUGUAUAUAAUAAUGAUAUGCAAGAGAAUUAUUACACAUCUCAGUCAAUUAACUCAAACAUUCUUAAUUCAGUUAACAGUAACAAUACUAGAGACUUAUCGCGAACACUUCUUACACCGACCUACAGGGAGCAAACUAUUACCAAUCCUUUCGCUAAUUUCAAUUCACAACAGAAUAAUAAUAAUGAUAAUAAUAAUAAUAAUAAUAAUAAUAAUAAUAAUAAUAAUCAGUACAACACACCUGUAACAUCAACAACUAAUAUAACGCUAACGUCUUCAUCCCCAUUAAUUUCAACAACACGAUUAUUAGCAAGAUUACGUUUGAAUGCAUUGCAGCAAACAUCCCCAAUAGUUUUCUUUACGUCGAACAAUAAUAAUAAUAUUACUGGAAAUGUAAAUUCAUCUAAUAGACAGGAAAUUUUAUCAUCAUCAUCAUCACUGACAACUACAAUGUCAUCUUUAUUGACAGGUGAUAGCAGUAACAAUGAUAAUGAACACAAUCAUGACGUCAGUGAUGAUGAAACAGACUGAAACAAUCAACGAAUGUUUCAUCGGGUGAUUAAUGAAGGGAUGGGAACUAUUUUUGAAUAAAUAAUAGCCAGAUAGAUAAUAAGUGUGCAUAAAUAUAAAUAUAUAUAUAUAUAUAUAUAUAUAUAUAUAUAUAUAUAUAUAUAUAUAUAUAUAUAUAUAUAUAUAUAUAUAUAUAUAUAUACAAAAAUAAGAGGUUUCAUUCUAUCUAUAUAAUCAAAUAACUGACAAAAAACACUUUCAAAUAUAGCACUUCGAGAGUGUUUUUACUUUCUUGUAUUAGCUACUACUAUUACUAUUGAUAAUAAUUAAUCAGGUUUGUACUUUAAUGUCCCAGAUAUUGAACUUGUAAUUUACAGAAAAAUUGAAGCAAUUGUUUACAAAGAGUUUAGACUCAAAUAAAAAGGGUCUAUUAUUUUAGUCCUUGGAUAUCAAUCAAAGA